AUGGCGUUCGCAGCAUUUCGCAGCAGUCUCCCCUCACCGACCCGCUUUGUUCGACCGACAAUGACGGUCUCUUCUCAAAUCAGACACCAAACACAGACUCGACAGGUCUCAUUCUCAUCGUACCUCGUCUCCCCUAAGGAGCUGUCAGAAGCUCUCAAGAAGAACCCCGCUACGAAGAUCUCAACAUCCCCUCGCGUGGUACCACUAUGCGCAGCUUGGUUCAUGCCAAACGACCCUGAGAGUCGCACAGGAAUUGAUGUUUUCCGCAAACACCGCAUACCCCAGGCUCGAUUCUUUGACUUGGAUGCCAUCAAAGACACCGAGUCACCUUACCCCCAUAUGCUUCCCACCGCUGAAACAUUCGCCGAGGCGAUGAGCGAGCUCGGAAUCCGACGUGACGACGAAGUUGUGGUUUACGACUCAGAAGAACUCGGCAUCUUCAGUGCUCCCCGCGUAGGCUGGACUCUGAGGGUCUUUGGACAUCCCAAGGUUCACAUCUUGAACAACUACCGGCUGUGGGUGCGCGAGAACUACCCCACGGAGACUGGGGAGCCUCGGCAGCCAGAGAAGACAAACUACCCUGUUCCCACUUACGACUCGAAGCUCGUGAUCCCUUACCUUGAGCUCAAGGAGAUUGCGAAAGAGCACCGCAAAGAAGGCGCAAAGGAGGUGGAGAUCCUGGAUGCACGAUCCCAGGGUCGCUGGGCAGGGACCGACCCUGAACCACGACCUGGUCUGUCUUCGGGCCACAUCCCUGGCUCGAAGAGUCUGCCUUUUCAAGAACUACUAGACCCUGAAACCAAAACAUUUCUUUCCCCGGAUGAGCUUCGCAAAAUCUUCGAAGCCCGGGACCUGGAUGCGACCAAGUCGAUCAUCAGCUCAUGCGGCACUGGUGUGACAGCGACUAUUAUCGAGACAGCUUUGGGACUGGCCGAGUUCGGCGACCCUGCCCUUCGGAGAGUGUACGAUGGAAGCUGGACAGAAUGGGCACAGCGUGUCAAGCCGACAGAUGGCUUGAUCAAGAAAGUCAACUAA